AUGCCGGGUAACGAGCAGACCGGCGCAGCUGUGGCUGAAAGUGCAGCGCCUGCGAGAGCCCGCGCCGAGUCACCAAAUGCACAGGAAGGGAACCCGGGAUACAUACCUCGACCAAAGCGCAUUGCUUGUGUUGUCUGCAGGAAAAGAAAACUUCGAUGUGAUGGAGCGAAGCCGAGCUGUGGGAAUUGUGCGCGGUUGGGCCAUGACUGUGCUUAUAACGAGGUCAGGAAGAAGAGUGGCCCCAAGAGAGGAUAUGUCAAGCAUCUAGAGGCAAGACUGGCCCAGGUGGAGACGCUGUUGAAGGGGGUUGACUCUAUAGAAUCCAGGCGACAUUCUCCGCCGACGAGAGCGUUCGAUAGCCAGAAUGCACUGUCCCAGGGGCGAGAGACCAUGUUUCCUGGAGUCCCAAAGUCAGUAGAGGCUGACCCGAAUCUGUCUCUCGACGGCAUAGAUAUGUUUGGGGAUAUUGGAGAUAUUCUACCGCCGCCACCUACCAAUGCCGGGUCGAACGGUGCCCCGUCGAGCGAGUUUUCAUGGGAAAUGAUCGGUUUGGGGCUGGAGGAACCACUCCCGAGCCAGGAGGUUAUCGAUGAGCUAGAUGAGAUAUACUUUCAGAAAAUACAUCCAUCUUCGCCUAUGAUACAUAAACCACGAUAUUACGCAGCAAUGAAUCUUGCACCUUCGAUGAGGCCGCCGAUAUGUCUACGGUAUAUCAUGUGGGCUCACGCUGCUGCUACCACUGAUAAAUAUGCCGAUAUACAUAACCAUUUCUACAUCCGAGCCCGCAAGUACGCCGAACUGGACCAGAUGAAAGGACUGGGUGAAAAUAUGAUUUCAGUAGCCCAUGCCCAAUGCUGGCAGUUAAUCGGGUGCUAUGAGUUUAAGAUGAUGUAUUUCCCGAGGGCGUGGAUGAGCACCGGUGCUGGAAUGAGGCUAUGUUUGAUGAUGGGUCUGAACAGGCAAGAUGCUAGCGGCCUGGAUGUUAAACAAUGUCUACCACCGCCCAGGGACUGGACAGAGCGUGAAGAGAGAAGAAGAACGUUUUGGACGGCAUUCUGUCAGGAUAGAUACGCCUCGGCAGGUACUGGCUGGCCCAUGAGUGUCGAUGAGAGAGAUAUCUUGACAAACCUUCCUGCAUCUGAAGAAGCAUUCGUCAACUCAUGCAUGUUUGGCCGUAACCUCCACCAUCUUCACCGUGUCACGACCAAUGACAGGGACCAUGAUUUAAACGGUGAAUUCUGGAAACGGCAUCGUGCUCUCGACAAUAUCCUACUUCACACCUCGCUUUCCCUCCCUAACCAUCUUCGUCUCCCAGAAGGGAUUAACAGUCCUGAAAUUGUGUUUGGCAACAUGUGUAUUCACGCCUCGACUAUAUGUCUUCAUCAGGCUGCGAUAUAUAAGGCUGAGAAGCACGAUAUGCCCGGCCAGAUCUCUACAGAGAGUAAACGGCGAUGUAUAAUUGCAGCCGACCAAAUCACCAAUAUCAUGAAAAUGGUCUCGCAUACAGACUUAACAAGGUUGAAUCCCUUCCUUGUAUUUUGUUUAUAUGUUGCCGCUAGGGUUUUUGUGCAGUACCUCAAAUCCAGGCCUCAAGAUCAAGCCGUUCGAUCUUCCCUUCAGUUCUUGCUCUCGGCUAUGAACGCCGUCAAAAGAAAGAUCCCCCUGGCAGAAUCUUUCCUUGUGCAGUUAGACGUUGAUCUUGAGGGAAGUGGGCUAGUGACUGAUGAAGGGAUAUCGAAGUUCUCAUACGGGAGUCUCCAAAGGAGCCCAGAGGACGAUGCGCGGCAAAGCGCCCUCCGUGCAGUGCGUUAUCAGUUUGAAAAGUGUGCUAUCGGCAUUGUUGAUAUCGCGCUUUUAGACAAGGACAAAGCCCAGAACUGUUCGUCAAACUUGCCAGAACCAGGUUCAUCAUCCGACCCUAAAGGCGUACCUAGCCAGCGUCAGUCACAACCGGGCGAGCAACAAUUCUCAGCUCCCACUCAGAUCUACGGACUGGGUAUGCCUGCGACAAUACCCGAUUUAAGGAUGCCUCAGGCACAAGAUGACCAAUUUAACUUCAUGGAUUUUGACAUGGAUGCUUCAGCUGGUGGUAACAGUACCGGAAGCGAACGGCAUCUCUCCUACUCCGAUAAUCCUAGCCCAAUUACAAACAAGGCCUCCUCAAACAGUUCGUUCUCCCCAGCCCAUCUGGACCAUCCCUCUCCUAAGCAAAACCUGCCCAACCAACAACAGCUUCCACAGCAUAUUCUGUCUUCGCUAUCAUACACGGCGAGUGAAGCCAGUGGUGGUUUUGGAGCUCCAAUGCCAAUUAAGUCAAAUACUACAUCCUUUUCGGCUACAUCUUCCGGACCCCAGUUACAGCCCCAAGAGCUUUUUACCUUGCCAGAUGGAUGGGAUUUUAUGCAGCAGCCAUUCCAACAGGCUGAGUCAGACUUGAUACCUCCUGCCCGUUCUCCAUCCGCUAUAGACCCAGUGAUAUCCUCGCUCGAAGAUAUCCCUUGGUCUCAAUCUCCCGAUGGUUUUAACACCGGUCAAUGGACCCAGUAA